UUGUUUCGAAUCAUCAAGGAGCGCACACGGGCGCAGCACAAGUACCACGUGCUGAACCUCGAGUACAAGCAGAAGGUGGAGAAGAGCAGUGACAGAAAGCCUUCGGUCAAGGACGGUGCCAGUCCGCCGUCGGAAGGCUGCCUUCACUGUGGGGGUACCCACGGAUUAUGUGAAUGCCCUUCAGCAUCCGAAGAGGAUCGGCGCCGGGCUUUGGAGAAGCUCCGUUCUCAGCGCGGCAGAGGCAGGCUGCGAUCCAAGGCAGUGCGGAACGACAAGCGACAGGGCCCGAAGACCGGCGAGGUGCUCGUCAACGGGAUGGCGACCGCUCCGCACUGCGCCGACUCAGGGUCUGACCGCAGCAUCAUCCCCCAGUAUCUGGUCGAUGAGUUGGUGGAGUUGGGCAGUGACGUCCAGCUCACUCUCCUAUCCGACCCGAUUGUGGCAACUGUAGCCGGUGGUGGCCAGGUGGAGUGCACGCACGAGGUGGUGGUUGAUUUGCAGUUGCAGACUGCCGCAGGUAUGGUGCGUGUCGCAAGUGUCGCAUGCCUUGUUAUGGGUGGCGGUGAGACGGGGUUCUUACUCGUUGACGAAAUGCUCAAGUCGCUAGGGAUCGAUGUGCACCGACAGCUCGAGCAGCUCGCUGGUGGGGACGCAGUGCUCGACGAUGACCUGUUCGAGCCCGAAGCGCCCCCGGCGGACACCGAUGUGGUGGUGCGUCUGGAUGACAUGCUGGUUGCUGUGCUACGUGAAGGCUUCGACCCGAGCCUGUACGAGGAGCUGCGACAACUGAUG